GGCUGUCAGACUUUAUCAGGCUUUCACCCGUCUCUUGUCAAGUAUUCUGAUCCCGGCUACGCGUCUUUUUCUUUUACUCCUUUUCGGACUUGCUCGGGAUUGAGCUAUACGAAGCCCACUGUAGUCAUUUAUUUCGGAAACCAUUGUAGAUGAAGAGACGUCGGCGCUAGGGCACGUCCGAAUUGACUGGCGUUCUGCAUGAAGGGGGAAUUUAAAAAGUCGAGGGAAAACACCUCAUAAAAAGCAGUCCGACUCCAUGCCCCAUCAUACUCAGUCUUCUUUAACUUGGGGUCAUUUCUGAUUUACGGAUUAAACCAAUGCCUUCAAGGACUCUUUCCGCAAUGGACGACCACGAUCCCCUCACAAAGGCCAUAUCACCGCCGCCAGACGAAACAGCGGCAGAGAAGGAAGCACGGGUGAAGAGUGAACUGGAGGCGAAGCGAGUGUCCGACGCGAUAGACGAUGACAUAGAUAAGCAGAGAAUUGCGGAGAAGAGGGGGCCUAAACCUGUCAGAGUACUACUCCUCGGCCAGAGUGAAUCAGGGAAAUCCACAACAUUGAAGAACUUCCAGUUAAUGCAGGAUGCAAAGGCAUUUCGAAAAGAGCGCUCAAGUUGGAGGGCACUGAUUCAGCUGAAUCUUGUGCGGUCAAUACACAUCAUUCUGGAUGCCAUAGCGAGGGAUUAUUACCCCUCCAGCCGCCCGCUAAUGAAGGACCCAAACUCUUCAUCAACGUCACCGUCUGUUUCACCUCCCAGUCACGCAAUGCCGUUACCGAAAGAAACCUACCUUGACCCCGAGCUGCUGGAACUAAGACUUCGUCUCGAUCCUUUAUGGAAAGUUCAAGAGCAGCUCGCUCGUCGUCUCAUGAUUCACGAAUCACAAUGGAAAGAGGGACUUCAUGGCGGUCGGGAGGUUGUCGUCAAUUCAGCCGUCGCUUGGAAGGACGUUUUCACCAAGAAAAUGGCUAACAAAAGAGAAAGCUCCGACAGUGGACGCAUAAAUUGGGAUGACCCGACCGAUCCUGGAAGGGUUCUUCACGAGUGCGCGGAAGAUAUGAAACGUUUGUGGAAACAUCCACUCGUGCAGAAUCUACUUGAGAAGCAAAACCUUCGGCUUGAGGAGAUGGCCGGGUUUUUCCUGGAUGAAAUCGACGAGAUCACGUCGGAAUAUUACAUACCAACUAACGAUCACAUCCUGAAGGCACGACUGAAGACCUUGGGCGUUUCCGAGCACCGGGUAGAGUUGAACGCAGGUGGCGGCUUAGGUAGAGACUGGCGGAUCUACGACGUGGGAGGUCAUCGAUCGUUGGUGACAACAUGGGUGCCUUAUUUCGAUAAUGUGGAUGCAAUAAUAUUUUUGGCUCCUAUAUCUGCAUUUGAUCAGGUUCUAGAGGAAGCACCCAAAGUCAAUCGACUUGAGGACUCAGUCAUGUUGUGGUCCAGCAUCGUCUCGAACAAGCUUCUGGAGCGGACGGACAUCAUACUAUUCUUGAACAAAUGCGAUAUCAUGAAGACCAAGCUGUCCUCUGGCAUCCGGUUAAAGGACUAUGUCGUCUCCUAUGGCAAUAGACCGAACGACUUUGAUAGCGCUGCAAGUUAUCUUAAGAAAAAGUUCGCUGGUAUCAUGAAGGAGGAUUCGCCUUUACCCAGAACAUUCUACUGUCAUCUGACCACAGUCACCGAUACAUUAUCGACACAGAAAGUCAUCACGAGUAUAAAAGACAUGCUCAUGCGCGAUAACUUGAAGCAUUCGACUCUUUUACUUUAA